AAUGAACGUGGUGGGCGCCCGCCGCUCGUCCUGGCGCGUGAUCUCCAGCAUCGAGCAGAAAACGGAGGGCAACGAGAAGAAACAGCAGAUGGCGCGUGAAUACCGUGAGAAGAUCGAGGCUGAGCUUCAGGAGAUCUGCAACGACGUGCUGGGUCUUCUGGAGAAGUACCUCAUUGCCAACGCUAGCCAGGCAGAGAGCAAAGUCUUCUACCUGAAAAUGAAAGGAGACUACUACAGAUACCUGUCCGAGGUGGCAUCCGGAGAAGCAAAGAAAACCACAGUGGACAACUCUCAGAAGGCUUACCAGGAUGCAUUUGAGAUCAGCAAAAAGGAAAUGCAGCCAACACACCCCAUCAGGCUGGGACUAGCACUGAACUUCUCCGUGUUUUACUAUGAAAUCCUCAACACUCCAGAGCAGGCCUGCAGUUUGGCAAAGACGGCUUUUGAUGAGGCAAUUGCUGAGCUGGAUACCUUGAACGAGGACUCCUACAAAGACAGCACCCUCAUCAUGCAGUUACUAAGGGACAACCUCACUCUGUGGACAUCAGAAAACCAGGGUGAUGAGGCGGAUGCUGGCGAGGGCGAGAACUAAAGGCGUUGCACUUCACUGUUAAAUCCACCUACACUCUUUAUCUUACACAUAUGCAGCCCAUAAUUCCCUGCUCCAUCCAGUCCACCUCACCUUUAUCCACCUUUCUGUAUGACGAGCAGCAUGAAUUGUACCUAACCUACAAGUUUGUACCCCUGAAGCCACGAGCGGCAGGGUGAAGUUUGGUUUUUCCAAGGCUGUCUCGAACAUGUCUUGUUUAUGUAUUUUCCCCCAGACGAGGGAAAAUGGUUGAAUAGUGGAAACUACUUCCAUCUUUUUCCCUUCCCAAAAUCCCUCCUAACAUUUUUAAAAGGCAUAUGUUCUUUGGUCUAGCAGGAUGUAAUGCGUUAUAAUGUCCCUCCCCACCCAUUUUUCCCUCCUCUGUCUUUUCUCUCCAAUAGUGUACUGGCAAUUGCUGGUUUUAUUCAAAAGGUUAUUAAACUCUCCAUUAAUUUAACAAACACUGUGACGUUUAGUUUUUCCUCCUGGAUAACUUGUGCUUACGAGUAGCAGUACAAUUCUGUUGCAAUCUCAUACAGAAGGGAUGAAAACAGGCUGUAUUGUGACACUGACUAACAUGCAUUACUAUUAUUGCUGUCAUGUGCGUGAUUUUGCAUAAACGGCUAACGACGACAAAAGGGACCCGAGGUUUGCCAUUCCAUGUCUAUACUCAGUUUUAAGUUUAAGACAUUCCAUCAGUAUGUGACCUUUCAUGAUUACAGACCUUUUGUGAACAAACUGGAGAGUUUCCUAAUGUGCUGUCAAGGAGGCAGUCAACAUAAAGGUGCUGUUUGACAUCAGUAAACGAUUUUCCUGGUUUGUUCUGUACAUUUUUUUUCCCCCCUUUUACAUAAUAUUGCCCACACUUCCAUUUAAUAAAGAUGUAAAAUUGUAAACAUUUUAUAGGUAAAUAUAAAUUUGUCUUGAAACUAAAUGCUUGCAAAAACACUUAUAUUUUUUUUUAGUUAUUCAACCCUCUUACAAACAGAAGACGAUGCUUGACAUUUCCCUCUUCAUGUAAAUCAGAAGGUGUUUUGGGGCCUUAGACUGAUUUUGAGCUUCUCUACUCCUCAUUCCUGCUAAGAGAGGAGUUUCUGUAAGACCUUAGCAGUUCAACUGAGAAAUUCUGGAUUUGACUUGAAUUUUGUGAAGGAAAGUGCUGCAGACCAGUGGAGGCUUUGAAGUCCUGGCCCAAAGUCUGUGAAACACAAGCCGAGAUCGAAUUUGGCAAAUAGUUGAAGGACCUGAAGCAUUUUAGGAGGGGUAGCCACUCAGUGUCACAAUACCUUGUCACAUCACCAUAACAUUCCACUUAGGUGUAGAACUCAUCUGUCUCGAGCUGAAGACAAUGUUCAUGCACUGAAGACGAAAUCUGUCUCUCUUAGCUGAACAAAUGGCAGUUAUUCUACGCUUGAUUA